UCCAUCCACUUUGCCGACAGCGAUAGCAAACAUGUGGCCUAUUCAGAUUAUCACUUCAGGUUCAAAUUUGUGAUAAAAACUAAAGUUUUCUGAAGGACAAUGAAGGCACUAACUGACGCUACGUGUAUUCGAGUUUUAACCAGUGAAAAAGUAAUUGUUGGAAUUGGCAACAACCUUGUGCUUUAUUAUGUUGACGCCGCCGGUAAGACCCAGAAGAAACAUGCCUGCACACCACGGUCGCAGCACAAAAUUCUUGACAUCGAUUUUAGCAGGGAAGAACAGGUUUGGCUGAUUGUGUUCCACGCGAAUCGCAACAUUUUUACAACUACGUUGAGUCAGGACAACGAAUUUAGCAACGUGAUUUCCGUCCCACUGUACAAUAGUUUAAGCAACUUUCUAUACUACCCGGAAGAUGCGAUUGCUUUAAUUCACUCAAAACAUCGGCUAAACGAUAUGAUAAGUUGCUUGAAGGUGUUAGAUAAUGAAACGAUCUGUCUCAUAACCGGUCAUGGAGUGUUCCUUUUGCUCGAUCGCCUCUACAGUGGCGAGUGGUAUCCAAACGAAAGCUGUCCCUGUAGUGACAGUUCAACGCUGUAUUGUUCGCGGAUUGUCGGCACCAGCAGGUCGGAUUUGGUUUGCUUCAGUGGAACCGCUCUAGGAUUGUUGUUGAUUUGGAAGCCAACCGGUCCACAGGAGGGUCAGGUUCUGAGCAGUAUUCCAGCGCACAAUGGAGUGAUUUUUUCGAUCUCUUGUGAUCUGCAGCUAGGCUUUGUUGCUACCGCUUCCGACGAUAGAUCGGUCAAAUUGUGGAAGGUGACGGGAGAGCUUCGAGAAGAAAAUGCGAUCGUUCUGGAAGAAACCGUAUGUUGUUACGGCCAUACAGCCCGAGUGUUUCACUGUAGGCUGUUUCGGGAAGCCGAAUCGCUGUGGCUUGUGUCUCUUGGAGAAGACUCCAAUAUGUGCCUUUGGAAUCGGUCGGGAAGCUUGUUAGUGAAAAAACGGCUGGAAGAGGGAUCGACGUUAUGGAAUUCGGACUACGACCGAGCGUCGAUGACGCUUUUUGUUUCCACCAGUAAUGGAAAUGUUGCUACAGUUUGUUUGCAGGAUUAUUUGAAAUGGAAUGAGGCAGAUACUUCGAUGCAAACUGUUAUGGUAGAAGAUCUUGGCAAUGACAAGAUUUCGAAAGUUAAAUUUUUGUCUGAUGAAAGUCUAGUAGCUGUUACGGAUGGUGGGAAAAUCAUUGUUUUACGUAACACAGGGGAAACGAUUGAUGUUGAUCAGCUUGAAGCAACAUUUAAAUGUAGUAUUUUGGAAACAAUUCGUGAUAGGAUUUUUGUUGCUGGGGCUUCUUGUGUAAAUAUCUACGGAAUGAGCAAAGAAAAGGGAACUACUGUGUUGUUGAAGAGAGUCGAGCCUAGCUUUGACCGAGAGGAGUUUCAAUCGGAAUCUGAACCUAUUAAAUUCAGUAUGAUUCGAUCGUUGCAUUUCUGCCGCCAGGAGGAUUUUAUUGUAUGUGACAAUAAUGGAAGAUGUUUGCUGUAUAGUGGAGAUACAGAAAGGCUCAAGUCUUUCCAUAGAUUACCGCGAAGCAAGGAGCGAUGGCUAACUUCGGUUUAUGCUGUUGAAGACAUCUUACUAUUGGCAGAUCGAGCGGGAAAUUUGUUUCUAUAUGAUGAACACAGCCAGGAUCCUAUUGACAAGUUGCCUUGCCUUCAUGGUAAACUAGGUAUAACAGAUAUUAAGUUGGAAGAACGAACCGAUAACGGUUAUUAUUUCAUGACCUCUGGUCAUGAUGGCCAUUUGAGGUCAACCUUCUUGGAUGGCGAUGGUCGAACACUGCAAAUCUGCGGUAGUGAGAAAAUGCCCAUCAACUGGAUUGAUCGAAUGUACAUAAAACCGGAGCAAUUUUUAGUUGGAUUUAAUGAAAAUCGGUUCGUGGUGUGCGAUUUUCACAAAGAAGUUUUAUUUGAAAUCGACUGCGGAGGGGGUCACCGUUAUUGGGAUUGUAUUCGGCGGAAUGACAAUGGUGACUAUAAGCUGGUGUGCAUAAAGCAUAAACAACUGAAGACUGCCGAUUUUUCUUCCUGCGUGCGCUCGAAUAGUUUACUUAAGAUUCCUCGGUUCCGUUGUCACAGUAAAGCCUGCAAUGUGGCCCGCAUUGUAAAAAUGGGUGACGUGUGUUUGAUUAUCAGCGGUGGAGAGGAUAAUUUGUUGCUUGUAAAUAAGUUUAGCCUAGAGACAGGACUUUUAUUGGAUUGUUCCCGUGGUAUUGCGAGCAGUCACAUUUCAAGCAUCAAAUCGAUAUGCUACAGUCAUCGGUUAGUGAAGAAGAGUGGAAAUAUUCUAAUCAUUUCUUCAGGCGGUCGUGCUCAGAUUUGCUUGAUUACUCUGGAUGUGACAACCUUGCGCACCAAGACUGAAUUGAGUUACAUGCUGAAGUCUAGUGACCAAGAUCGGUCUCGCUGGCGAAGCAACCGUGACACUUCCCCCGAGCCCGAAACACGUUUUAUGUGCAGUGUUUUCGUGGAAUCGAAUGCCAGCUUGCUCGUUGGUUGUUCGGAUGGAUUUUUACGUUACUUUAAAAUUUCCCUGCAGAGCGAAACCUAUAAGGUUGAACUUAUGAAAGAGGUUAAUUAUGGACGAUGCUUCCUUAACAUCACAAAACUGUCAAUCGCGGGUAAAUUGGUGUUUCUUACGAUGGCUACCGAUGGUUUGAUUUGCUUCUGGGAUGAAGAGAAAAUGGAAGCGCCAUUCUAUCAGCUGGAACAUCAUGCGAGUGGCAUUAAUGGGUUCGAUGUGUGCGCAACAGUCGAUGGUUGGUUUUUGAUUGGUACCGGUGGAGAUGACCAGGCGGUUGUCGUUUCGAAGUUUCGACUGAGUUCACUAAAAAACGGAGGAUUCUGCAUUCAAUUACGAGAAACAAAUAAAUCGAAGGUCCACCUAGGGCAAGUUACCGGUAUAAAAUUUCAAGAGGACGCAACACUGUUGAGCGCUGGAAUCGAUCAAAUGGUUUACCGUUUCAACGUGACAAAAUUAACUGUUAGCCAAAAGUGGUCUAGCUGCAUAUCCGAUAUCAAGGGAAUUGCAACACUGCCAGGUACGAGCGAAAUUUUCGUGUAUGGAAGUGGUUUCGAAUUUAUUGAUGUUAUAAAAGCAACGAUAAAUGUGCAAAAUAAUUACUAAGUAAAACGUCUAGUGUUUUAAUGUUAUCAACAGGAUGGAGUUAUCAUUGUUAUUUUCUGCAUUUUUCUGCAGUUAGUUACACAAGUAACAACUCAGCGUAAAUCACCGUACCAGCGAUUUACCCACUUUUGUCAAAUAAAACUGUUCAAAUAAAUG